GUUACUAGAAUCUUCGUUGCUAGGAUAAAUGGGAGCGACAACCUAGCGUCUUUACUGCCGCCGAAACAUAAUCUACGCCUUUGUUUAUUUUUGUACAAAAACAACAUUUUCGCCACAGCCAAAAUGUCUGUAUUUUCAAAGGCUCGCUUUUUAGCGCCUCUGCUCGCUGGGACGAAGAGACAGGCCUUAUCAAGCGGGUUGAAAGUCAACUCGUCAAAGACCUUUGGAGUUGGCUCUGGCGUCUGCUGCAUGGGUAUAGUAUGUGCUGGAGCUUUGUAUUUAAAAAAUCAAAAUGAAGAGAGUAGUAAGAGCAGUUUCUGGCCUCAAGGCAAACUCAAUUCUAUCCUGAAAUUUGCUGUACCGACUGUUUAUGGAAAAGGAACCAGGGAGGAAUUUCUGACCGCACCAGCCACUCCUCCUAUAGGAAAGACUGUUAAAAAUACAUCUCUCUGCCACGAUCCGUGCGCUGCUAAGAAAAAGCCUAGAAAGAGUUGUCAAGUUUCGCAAUGUAAUAUUACAUCUGAAGCCAAGUGUUACUCGCUAUUUUUGUGGAUCUCGAUUAAUCCUUCAGCUAAUCCAUGUUGCGUUGCUAGAGUAGCGGCAGACAUCGAGAGCGCCAUUGACUCGGUGACAGAACCAUGUGAAGACCCUUCUCAGGAAGUUGUUGCAGGCGUUGGGUUUGGGCCCAAUUUUUAUUCUCAAGUCAUGGGAAAGACCUGCAAGAACUUCUACUACUCUGCACGUAAAGGCGCCAACGGAGAACUUCCGAGCUCCAGCGGAGACGUAUUUCUGCACGCCAAAUGCAACAACAAAGGGAAGUUGUUUGAUUUGUGCAAAAACUACAUCUGCAGUUUUCCAGAGGGAUCAAUCUGCGAGUUCGAAGAUGUUUAUGGGUUUGACUACCAAAAUGGGCGCGAUCUCUCUGGCUUUUUGGACAAUCGAACAAAUCGUUGUGACGAAGAAGGGCUGAAGGACGUGGCCAUUGAGUGUGAGACAGGCGGUAGCUAUGCCCUCGCCCAGAAGUGGGUGCACGAUUUCUGCAUCAUUCGGCCAGAGAAUAAACCAGCACUAGAGAAGUACAUUGGCAGAGACAUGGACUGCGGCAAAGAGCUCAAAUGCAAAGGACCCUCCUCGCACGUGGCUCGCAUGACAGGCACCACAGAGCAGAACGCCACUCCACAGUACGAGAUUGUGCGCCAGUCCCAGAACUACGGGAGCCUCGCCAACGAUGCUGGAAUGUUUUUCCUGGCAUUUGCCUCUGACCCGGCCGCCUUUGAGUUCAUGCUGGAUCAGAUGGUCGGUGCCGGCUGUGACAAUUGCUGCGAUGACGUCAUGAAGAUCUCCAAGAACGUGAAGGGAACCUACUGGUACUUCCCGAGUCUGCGAGAGUUAUGUGCCCUUGUCAACUCGAAGCAAUAAUUCCCUUAUAGUUGUUCGUUUGAGAAGAAAAGACGAGGACUAUGGGCCCUCGUAUGUUCCAGUGAGCCCUGUUCAAGACAUUCAGUCGGGCGGUCAGUCCCUGAAUGCUAAUAAAAAUGUUCUGAUUUA